AUGGCGGCCCUUCCCGGCGCGGUUCCCAGGAUGAUCCGGCCGGCCCCGGGACAGAACUAUCCCCGCACAGGGUUCCCGCUGGAAGUGUCCACCCCACUCGGCCAAGGCCGGGUCAAUCAGCUUGGCGGAGUCUUCAUCAACGGGCGACCCCUGCCCAAUCACAUCCGUCACAAGAUAGUGGAGAUGGCCCAUCAUGGCAUCCGGCCCUGCGUCAUCUCUCGCCAGCUUCGGGUCUCCCACGGCUGCGUCUCUAAGAUUCUCUGCCGUUACCAGGAGACCGGGUCCAUCCGGCCUGGGGCCAUCGGCGGUAGCAAGCCCAGACAGGUGGCGACCCCGGACGUGGAAAAGAAGAUCGAGGAGUACAAGAGGGAGAAUCCGGGUAUGUUCAGCUGGGAGAUUCGGGACCGGCUGCUGAAGGAUGGCCACUGCGACCGCAGCACGGUGCCCUCAGUGAGUUCGAUUAGCCGCGUGCUGAGAAUCAAGUUCGGGAAGAAAGAGGAGGACGACGACGCUGACAAGAAGGAAGACGACGGGGAGAAAAAAGCCAAGCACAGCAUCGACGGCAUCCUGGGCGACAAAGGGAACCGCCUGGAUGAGGGCUCAGACGUGGAGUCGGAGCCGGACCUCCCGCUGAAGCGCAAGCAGCGCCGCAGCCGCACCACCUUCACGGCCGAGCAGCUGGAGGAGCUGGAGAAGGCCUUCGAGCGGACCCACUACCCUGACAUCUACACGCGCGAGGAGCUGGCGCAGCGGACCAAGCUCACCGAGGCCCGCGUCCAGGUCUGGUUCAGCAACCGCCGUGCCCGCUGGCGUAAGCAGGCAGGAGCCAACCAGCUGGCCGCGUUCAACCAUCUUCUGCCAGGAGGCUUCCCGCCCACCGGCAUGCCCACGCUGCCCCCCUACCAGCUGCCGGACUCUACCUACCCUACCACUACCAUCUCCCAAGAUGGAGGCAGCACCGUGCACCGUCCCCAGCCCCUCCCACCGUCCACCAUGCACCAGGGUGGGCUGGCGGCGGCUGCAGCCGCUGCCGACACCAGCUCUGCCUAUGGGGCUCGCCACAGCUUCUCCAGCUACUCUGACAGCUUCAUGAACCCCGGGGCUCCUUCCAACCACAUGAACCCCGUCAGCAACGGCCUGUCUCCUCAGGAAAGAGGAUGCCAAGAGGAAAUGCAGUGCACGAGGUGGGACUUACUGACCCCAUCUCUCCCACAGGUGAUGAGCAUCCUGAGCAACCCCAGUGCAGUGCCACCGCAGCCGCAGGCCGACUUCUCCAUCUCCCCUCUGCACGGGGGACUGGACUCGGCCUCUUCCAUCUCCGCCAGCUGCAGCCAGCGGGCUGACUCCAUCAAGCCGGGCGACAGCCUGCCCACCUCCCAGUCCUACUGCCCACCCACCUACAGCACCACGGGCUACAGCGUGGACCCCGUGGCUGGCUACCAGUACGGCCAGUACGGACAGACUGCUGUUGAUUACUUGGCCAAAAACGUGAGCCUGUCCACACAGCGUCGCAUGAAGCUCGGGGAGCACUCUGCUGUGCUGGGACUGCUGCCUGUAGAAACUGGCCAAGCCUAUUAA